AAAGAAACUCGUCAAACUUUCGCGAAUCAAGACUUCAGCAGUAAAUAAAUUUUGAAAUAUGUUUCGCAUUCUUGCGGUAGUGACGGUGCUCUUUAUGACGACUAACGCGCAAUUGCACAGGAUUCCAUUGUACAAGAUGGAUUACAUUCAAUCUUUGGAAAAAGUUGACAAGUUGGUAGAAGAUUUUUCGUUAAGUGACGAUCUUCCUUCCGGAAAUUUGACCAAUUACAAAAACGUAAAUUACUAUGGCAUUAUUAAAAUUGGAACUCCGCAGCAAGAAUUUAAAGUUGUAUUUGAUACUGGUUCCCCAUUUUGUUGGAUAUUCUCCAAAAAUUGAAAAAUUUCUGUUUGUUCAGGACAUAAUCUAUAUGAUAGUGCAAGAUCCGAGACAUACGAUAAUACAGUAAAAAGAUUUUCACGUUUUCAAUAUGGCUCUUGCGAUGUAGAAGGAUACUUAGCUGCCGAUAAAGUGAAUGUUGCCAAUCUCAAUGUUCAGAAUCAAAUAUUUAUGGAAGUAACUAAUAUGUUAAGAAUAUAUCCUAAUUUUUCUAGACCAUACGAUGGUAUCUUGGGCCUGAGUUAUUCCAACAUAUCUGCCAGUCGAAUAAUGUCUGUUUUCGACAACAUUAUUGAACAAGAUCUAGUAUCACCACACAUUUUCAGUUUUUAUCUAAAUAGAGACACUUCAGCCGAUUUAGGUGGUGAAUUGACAUUGGGUGGCUCCGAUCCCGCUUAUUACGAAGGGGAUUUCACAUAUAUUCCUGUUACUCGCAAAGGAUACUGGCAAAUUAUAAUUGAUAGGAUCAAAAUGAAAUUUGACUAUUUGUGUGAGGAAAGUUGCCAAGCUAUCGUUGAUACAGGCACUUCGCUAAUAUUAGGACCACAAUUGGAUAUCGCAAAGAUUAAUACAUUUAUUGAAGUUGAUGAAAGUAGUAGGGUGGACUGCAAUCAAAUUUUCCAAUUGCCUAUAAUCAGGUUUAUUAUGGGCGGUAAGGCGUUCGAUCUUACCGGUAAGGAUUACAUCAUUCGGCAUCCAGAUGAUGAAAGUAUAUGUAUAUCCAUUUUCUCCACAUACGACUCAUAUGACAGUGAAAUAAAAUGGAUACUGGGCAUUGCCAUUUAUUGA